AUGGCAGACCCGUACUCUCUAUUUGUAUCAACUUUCAACUGUGGCAAACUACUGCCGGCAGAUGAUCCAGCAGCUAUACAGGCUGUGAUCUCAGCGUUGCUCCCGGUCGGGAAACCGCAUGAUGUUUACGUUCUAGGGUUCCAGGAGCUCACGGUUAUAUGGCAAGGGUCCUUUGCGGAUAUUGUGCAGCAAACACUGCAGAAGGUAGCACGUUAUGUCUUGGAGCACUUAAAUGCGCAGAAUAUUGGUCGCAGAUAUGAAAUAGCGGCCCUGAACAGCAGCGGGGCCAUCGGAAUAUUGGCACUGGUAGCGACAGAAUUGUCUGUUUUGAGUAUAUUCAAGACAAACGCUAAGUGUGGAAUGCUGUACUCAAGCCUCAAAGGUGCUGCAGCACUGCAGCUGACGCUACAACGCGCUGGGUCCGCAUUGAGCGAUUCAUUUGUCUUCGUAACAGCGCAUCUGACAGCAAACGAGGGCGAAGAGCAACGGCUUAAACGCGAGGAAGACUACCAUACGGUGGUAGCAGCAUUGCAGCGUGAUUUUGGCUCCUUCGUGAACCACCACGUCUUUAUUUGCGGCGACUUCAACUUCCGGGCGCAAAAAUGGGCCUUGAAUGCAGACGACUUCCGUAAUCCACUUCUGGUGCGUCGCGCUGCGAUCGAACACGACGAAUUGAACCUCAGCCGGGCAGCCGGUCGAAUCUUCCAUAACUUCGAGGAGCCACCUGUCGAGUUCGCCCCGACUUACAAGUUUAUGCUCACGUCUCCGGACGAGCAGUAUAACACAAUCCGCAUUCCCUCGUGGUGCGACCGGGUCUUGUUCCGGCGCUACCACAGCACGCCCCACAUCUUGUCCUACAAAUCUCGCAAGAGAUGUGCAGCCUUGCAGUUCACAGACCAUCUUCCUGUGUCACUGGAAGUUAUUGUACCUCACCUCGAGUUUGAACAAGCCGUUUCCGCCCAAAAUUGGUCAGAAAGCCCGCAAUGGAGCGCUGAGCUUAUUGGAUCAGCUACAGAUACGCUAAUUGGCUACUCAGGGCUCGCUAGUGACCGGUACGGGCGCCAACUCACCUUUGCAGCGUUGAUGAUGGUACUCUGGGUCCUGUACCAGCUUUUCACGUGA